GAUGCAGUUAAUUAUAAAAUUUAAACUAAAAAUGGACCAUACAAGGAACCGCGCCUUAGAAUAUAGAAGCAUCCCCACUUUUGGAUUCAACAGGGAUAAUUUGAAGAAAGGAGAUCAAAGCAACAUGGAUCAAUUCUAUCAUAAGCAAAAGCUAGUAGGAGGUCAGAGAAUUGAAGGCAGAUCUAAUAACUCAGAAAAUGUAACCCCGUCUCUCAAAGUUUUUGAAAAUAAAGAGAAUCAAGGGAAAAUGAGCAAUCAAGUUGAGAAGUUUUGUUCAAAGCCAAAGCUCCGUCCUUCGAUGUUUGAUAGUCAGAAGAAAAAGAAGUUAGAGACACUCAGUGAAAUGAAGACUAAGAGGUUAAAUGAGGCAAACCCACUUCAUUUAGAAUUCAGUGAGGAGAAUCAGUGGAACAUUACUUACUCAGAUAAAAUUAUUCAAAGAAUGUUUAAUAAAGAGCAGAAAUACUGGGUCUCUCUUACAGAUAUUUCAAGAGUUCAAAGAGAGAGCAAGUUCUCAAAGUUGAGAAAUGCAGUAGUGAAUUACCUGACAUAUUUCCAUCUUGUUUUUCAUAUCAAAGAUGACCAUACUCUCUUUAAAGCUGUCCAAAUUUUUGAUUGUUAUCUCUCUAAAACUUUUGUUCCUCGAAAGAAGCUUCAACUUAUCGCAUCAGCAUGAAUGAUGAUUGCUGAAAAGUAUGAAGAAGUGUAUCCUCAAUGCCUUGAUUAUCAUGUGAAGCUCUCAGCGAAUACAUUCACCAUCAAAGAUUUGAUAAAGGCUGAGGUAACUGUCUCAACAGCACUUGGACAUAUGUAUGAGACAUAUCCCUCUAGCUAUAGAUUCUUUUGUCUCUUUGCUAAACUUUUGAGCUCAGACGAAGAUGUCUUUUAUUAUGGAAACUUCUUCCUUCAUCUCGCCAUGUAUGAUUAUGAUUGUCUUGAGGUGAAGCCAAGUUUACUUGCAGCUGGAGCAAUAAUUCUGGCCAAGAAUGCUUCUAAGGGUCUUUUCUUAGAUGGAGCAGCUUACACCAGCGAUGAUAUCGAAAUCAUGUUUGAUUCACAAAAAAUUCCUAGUGAUGAAGAAAUAAAAGACGCCAUUGUACAUAUCACUGAAAUUUUGAGCCAUUAUGUAAAAACUCUUGAGAAACUUGAGAAAUCCCCUCGCCUCAAGAAAAAGAAUCCUUAUGACAAGCUUACCAAAAAGUUCAGCAAGAUUAACUUUGGAGCCAAAUCUCAGUAA